AUGGACUUUGAUGCGUAUCCUACGCAUACACACUAUUUGCAUCUGGGAGACACCUGUAUACGUGUCUACGACUCUUUCCCUAUUCAUCAAUAUCUACAAGACCAACAUCGUCUCAAUGUAUCCUACCCAUACGCCUGGUAUUUACACGGAAACCAAGCAGCCAUAGUCAACUUUAACGACCUCUUCAUGUAUGAAAAUGGGCUAUCAUCUUUGGUACCCACCAUUCCCAAUCAACAGUACUAUGCAGCAGAACAAUCCUACGACCCUGUUGAUGAAGUUUUUAUACUAGACGAUCUCGAGAUUGAUGAAAUUAUGAAUGAGAGCUUCGAGCAAGCAGCAAGUCACGUGCCAUGCAGUGGGUUGACCGAGAAAUUCAUCUCCAAGAAUCUACGAGUAACCAGGUAUUGUGAAGAAGAAGAAGAAGAAAAAGGUGAGAUUUGUGUUGUAUGCCAGGUUGAAUUUGAAAGCAAAGAGAGAGUAGCGGUGCUUCACUGCAAACAUCGAUAUCACCCAAGAUGCAUCACGGAAUGGUUGGUUCGACAAAAUGUGUGCCCUAUUUGUAAGGGUCAAGGUUUAUCAGUAUAG